UGACUUGACUUGACGUUUCGUAAAAUGUUUUAUUUUUGUAUCAAAUUAGUUGUGGUCUUUAACUAGUUUUUAAUUAUAGUUCCCUACACCGUUACUCCUUCAGAGACUGCUGUCUUCCAUAAUAUAAGUGAAAAUGAUGAUUUCGCGGUCGAAGCACCGCUCGUCGGUGGAGGUGUGUGCAGAUUGCGGAGCAUCGGAUCCGUCGUGGGCGUCGAUCAACCGAGGUCUGCUACUGUGUGCGGAAUGCUGCAGUGUGCACCGCAGCAUGGGACGCCAUAUAUCACAUGUCAAAUCCCUGCGGCAAGGCACAUGGCCACCGUCACUUCUGGCUAUGGUGCAAGCUCUCACUGCCCAGAAUGUGAAUAGCAUAUGGGAGCACUCUCUGCUUGACACUUCAGCACCCAAACAUCUCCGCAAGAAGCCACAACCUAAAGAUCCUUUACACCCUAUAAAAUCGGAGUUCAUCCUAUCGAAGCACCUCCGAUUAGCCUACGUGCUCCGAGCACGACGGGACGAGCCUCCGGCGGAGCUGGCGAGGCAACUGCACAGCGCAGUCCGGAGCGCCUCGCUCGACACCGCCAUGCGGUUGCUAGCGCAGGGCGCGGACCCUAACUACUACCAUCAGGAGAAAGGUAACACCUGCCUACACGUGGCAUGUCGGGCGGGGCAGCCGGCGCAGGCCGAGCUGCUGGCGGCGUGGGGCGCCGACCCCACUGCGCGCGACCGUGAUGGGCUUACACCUAUUGAUGCUGCUAGACAAGGCGGGCACACAGAGUUCGCCGCCCGAAUGGUAGAACUAGUAUACGAAGCCACCGACCGCCUCAUACAAUUCCUGACGGGUUCGCGCCCGGACCACGCCACCGGGAAGCACUUCGCCGUGCCACGGGCGUCGGAUGCGCAUGAAAUGACUGACGUCGCUAAGGCUGCCCGGGGAAAACUUCAACUACUACCAAAUCACUUAUUUGAAGAGCUAGUGAUGGAUAUCUACGACGAGAUCGACCGGAGAGAAACUGAAGCCAUAUGGCAGACCAGCGGAACAGGACUAGAGCGAUGCGGCGUAGUAUUCCUCCCAGUGAACCCAGCGUUAUCAGCACCGCGGAACCAAGGCAGACAGAAGCUGGCGCGGUUGUCCUGCGUGGAACUUGGCGCUCUCUGUCGCGACGUGUUGCUUGACGCCACCCGUCGUCAGCACAUCGCUUCCCUGCACCCGCACGCAUUAAUGGGCCCGCUAAAUCCGCUGCUGUCAGCCAGCCACUUGAAGCACGUAUCUCAUAUGUCAGACGACGAACCGCUGUACGAUUCCGUCGCUUCCGAUGAUGACUACGCUGCGCUCGCGCCCAUCGACCUCGAUAUGGGUUUAGACCCGCGAGCCGGCGAGACCGUCUCCUCAACAUACAACCCUUCUCUCCCCAUCGAGCACUCGACCAGCUCCGACCUUCGCUUCACAUCUCUACACGGCAAAGAAGACGUCAACUCCCUUAAAAAAGAACUAGACAGCAGAGACUCGACCAUUACAGAGCUUAAGAACCAACUAAAGAACCUACAAACCAUAGUCGAACAACUCACUAAAGAAAACAGCGUUUUAAAAACAAACAGCAUAGACGACAACAACAGCUUAACCUCACAAACAGACAUAACCGACAACGUUUCUAGCUUCGACAACGGCUUAGAUACGGCCUGCAAGCCCCCCGAGAGGGGCCGGAGUCUCGAGACAGACCAACUCACGCUUAGCGCCGAAGAGGCGGACUUAAAGCAGGCCCUCAAGAGCUCCCAGCGACCGGUCAGUAUGUAUGAGACUAGGGAGGGACCAAAGAAUAACUGGCACGUUACUAAACAUCAGCUAACGACCCUCUCGAGCCUCGAUCGCUCGCUGACACAGAGCGUGUUAGAGUCCAGUGAAGUGCUACCCACAGCAGAAAUGGUCCAUCGGCGGGCUGAGGCGGUGACGCGAGGCAUUCAGGAAUUGUGGGCGGCGGCGCGAGAGCUCGGCCCCGCGAGAUUGAGUGAGCGGGCCGAGGGUAUACGGAAGGCGGUUAGGGCGCUACUGACACUGUUUCCUCAGACAUGUUCAGACCGCGAGUUAGAUCUCGUACUCUGCUCGCUCCGCAGCAGCGGCGACGCGCUGACGGCGGCGUGCGGCGCGGCGGCCGCGCUCGACGACGUGCGCGACGCGGCCUACGAACUAGCGCGCGCCACCAAGCUGCUCGUGACGCACUUCCACGUCGACUCCUAGCGAACACCGCGCUACACCACCGUGUAAGUGGUGUGGACCUGUGGACCUCACUGUGAGUGACUUUAACACUAUUAUGCUGCGACUCGGUAAAGUGUCUGAGCAGCACUUAUGACGACUUUUAAGUGAGUGAGUGAAGAACAACAUCGUACUACACGAUUUAAGUGUAACUCACAGCUUAAAAGCACUGUGAUGUGAGCUGGAACUUUGUCAGUUGAGUUAAACGACGUAAAGUGCGUUCGUUUACGUACCUGCAUUCACAUGCAUUCGGGGCUCUUGGUUAAAUUAUGUUGAGUUAUGAGCUGAAUGAACCGUUUGUAUAUUUUAAUGAUGUUAGUUCAUGUUUCAUAAAAGCUUGUACAAUCAGCAGCAAAUGAUCAAAUUCAUCUACACACGCUCUUAUUGUCUUAACAAUAAAGUUGUGUCUACAUACUGACUAACCUAUAAUACAAGCCUCUUUUUAACUAAUUUUCCUUGAAAUAUACUUCCGUCUGUAUUACAAUUUAGUCAAGAUACAAGCUCUCAUAAAGCGGGCCGCAUAUUACGCUCUGUGUACAUUCACAGUUCCAUAUCUGGAUUCCUAGUAGAAAUGAUGGAUUCCUAGUAGAAAUGACAUGUCGUAAUUGGAACUUUACAAAUGCUGUAGCAUUUGUUAAUUACGCGGUAUUGCAUUACCACCGACGAUAUUGGAAAUGUUAAUUGAACUGUGUGUGCAGUCCUGUGUAAACUGAGACAGGAAACAUAAAUAAACACAGUUCCAAUCAUAAAUCAAUUGAUUAUUAGCAAAUUAUUUGAAUAACUUUUGCUACAUUAUUUGGACUUUAAUAUGGUUGAUUAUUAUAAGUAAGAGUAUGUGUUGGUUGUGUACAAGACUCGCUUCCGUAAAAGUAUUAUUUUUAUAGUUAUUUUGCUUUUUGGAUGUGAAACAAAUUUUUGAUGAGUGAAAUGUGUUCGUGAUUAUGUAUUAAAAAGUAUUUACAUUAAUUAAAAUGAAAAUAAUAACGUUUUCAUUAAAAUAAUGUUGUGUUCGUUAUCCUAAGAGUUAGAACUUUGUUCAGUUAUUUGUCAUUCAAAUGAUUUUUGUAUAAGAAUGAAAAUGAGUAUGUAUGAUAUUCAUAAAUGCAUUUCAUAUAACCCCCAGUGGUAUCACUCUUAUUGCAUUGAGAUUAUAUUAAAUUUUUGCUUAAGAAAAUAUAUAUUAGCAUGUAAUCAGAUUAUAUGAAAGGCUAUGAAAAUGGUGUUAAUAUAAAUAACGUUAAAUACAUCCCCAGUGACAAUUUGUAUGAGAUGAGAAUAUAUUGUGACUGGGGUCUGUUGCCCGGUAAAGAAAUAUGAACGUUAUUCUCCAAGGUUGCUUUUCAAUUCAAUUAUAAAAAAUGGUUUACAAAAAUAGAAACUGGAUCUAAUGUAAUUUGCCUAAUUUGAUAUUGGCAUUUAUUCAGCCAUGAUAUAAGUGAAUACAUAAAAAAUAUAAUUUUAGUUUCUGACAAAUGGUUCCUUAACUGCACAAGUGUGCGAAACGAUAAUGUAUGAAAUUAUGUUGGUGUAGGUAUAAAUCUAUUAGAAGAUAAGUUACUGUAGUAUAUCAUAUACACUUGUAGGUAGGUAGUUGUUAUUAAUGAGCUUAAUGGUUAUUAAAGUUUCACAUCAUUUUAUUCGCCUGUUAAAAAUAUUACGGUUUAUGAAGAGUGAGUACAUAAUUCUAUAUUUCAGUCUUAUUUAAGACCAAAAGUUAAUCGAUUAAGUAUAAGAAGAGAAAAUCCGAAAAUAGAGAUGAGUAAAGUUCUUCAAAAUUAAUGAAUUCUGUUAUCAUAAAACAUGGUGCAGUACAGCGCCAUCUACUUCAGCUAUCAAACUCGGGACACUUUUUUUCUUAGACUUUAUUACUCAUCUUCGCAAUCAGUUAAUUUUUUUAACAAAAAAAAAUGUAGUAACGCUCGGAGACGUUUCCGCUUGAUAAAAAUUAGUUCAAUAAAUCUGUGUUUAAGACUAACAAGGGGUCAUCCAUUAAUUACGUCACACGAAUUUCUAGGUUUUUUUACCCCUCCCCCCCUCCUUGUCACACUUGGUUACAUUUGGCAAACCCCUCCCUCCUGGUGUGACGUCACAUUUCUUCAACGAAAUCGGCAAAUAUUUAUUUAAUAUUUCAUCAAAAUAUUUUUGCCAAAAGAAAUAUUAGUAAUUUUAUAACCCAAAACUGAUUAAGAAAUAAAAUUAAACGAAUAAAGACGAUUAUCGUUUCAAAAACUUGUUUUUUAACUGUAUAGCGAAUAAAAUAAUUUAAUAAAAUUUUCGGUUACUGAUGAAGUUAAAGUGACGUCACAAAGUUUAUGACUCCCCCCUCCCCCUUGUCACAACAUGUCACAUUUUCUUGACCCCCCUCCCUCCCCCUAAACGUGCGAUGUAAUUAAUGGAUGACCCCCAAUGUUUGUGAACUUUAAUAAUGAUUAAGUUUCGCGCCAUUAAAUUGAGAUAUAAAUAUAAUGAUUGGUUCGUUGUAAUUAUGAUUAUGAUUCGUAAGGUAACGUAACUCAAGUGCCAUACCCAGUGCGGGUCGAUUCGGCUGUAUUGGUCUAACCAAAGCUAACGCUUCAUCGUCACAAAUUUAUCUUUAUAUAUUCUGUAUUGUUAAACAAAUGUAUGGAAACCUCGUCAGUGCCGUUCGGCAAAUAAUGUUAACACCAUACAUAAAGUUACUAUGAUUGAAUGAGCAACAUCUUCCAUACUAUUUACUGAUAAUUCGUAGACCUUAGAGCACUUUCAUAUUGUCCGAUCCGAUAUCGGGUAUCGGAUAACCUUUGGAGAAAAACAACUGAUAGAAAGUGCCCCAUAGUAUCAAGUCCUUUUAUUCUUGCAUUAACACUUUCACCAAUAAAUAUUGACUUAAUUAUAGAAUAAAAAUAUAGAGACACUUUUUAAUUUUACCCUUUGGAGUCGUAACCGAUAUCGUAUCGGACAAUAUGAAAAAGCUCUUAUUGCAAAGACAAAAUACCAAUGGUCAGUUAAAAGUCUUUGGUAUGUCAGAACGGACGACGGGAGCUACGUAUUGUUAGGUUACAUUUUUUUUUAAAAAGCACAUUACAGAAUUUAGGUUUAAAGUAAAAACUUUCAAAAUCAAUCCUUAUGUUAAUGUAACAGACAUUGACGGGUCGUGUAAAACAAAUUUAUUUAAACCGCUUGUCAAAGUCAUAAAUAAUAUGACAGUCCGCAAUGUUUCUCACUUUAUAAUAGAGCGCUCGCGCUGCGUCAUUCCAUUUCAUGUGUUCUUCGCUAGUAUAAUUGUCAACUGUUUAAACUAAUAUGGGUCAUAUGGCAUUAUCAUAACGCAUAUUUUUCAAUAGGUUAAGCUUGUAUAUUGAAAUUAUGUAACAUUUAUAUUUCGUUGUAAGACUAAACUGCAUUAAUUUAGAAAUCUAAAUUCUAACUGUCAUAAUAACAUAUGUUCAAUUAGCAUUUAAAACAAAAGGCAAAUAUUAAGUGUACUUUGAUCUUAAGAAACAAUAGAGAUUCCAUGUAUUAUUAAUAUAUAUAUUAUACACCGUGAAAUUUUAGUGGUUGUUUUCCCGCAACGAAAUGAUUCUGCUAUCGAUAUACAGUCGAUGUGUAAUCUUUUUUUUAAAUAAUGUUAAGAAAUGCCAGAUUUAUAAAUGUGUCGAUCGAAACUCGAAAGUGACCUAACACCAGUAGUAGCACUGCAGUAGUACCUACCUAAUUCUUUUGAGUGAAUGAAACCAAAUAACCUAAAAAGUAGUUCCAUUUAUUUUUCCUUCACACAUUUUACGUGCAGUUAGUUUGCAGAUCCUUAAAAGUAAACAUAACAAGUUAAGAUCAAGCUUUUAAUGAUCAAAAACUUAAACAAACACUAACCCCCUUAUUCAUAAACCUUUGCUAAAGUUGACAGGCCGUUAAUAAUCGUUUGUCCCUUUCCGACGUAUUAGUAUGAUGGAAAGGGACAAACGAUUAUUAUCGGCUUGUCAACUUUAGUAAACGUUAAUGAAUAAGGGGGUUAAACUUCCCGAUACCGCAAUAAUUGUUCGAACUGCAAUCCGCCACGUUCAAUACACAAUCACCUCUGCCCUGUGCAUGUGCUGGCGUUUGAAACUGCCCGUGGUUAAGCAGCCGCUGUGUUGCGGCGACAAUCGUUAGUCCGUGUGGAACUUGGGGGUUUAAAAUCCCCCGAAGACGCAGCGACUGUAAAUGGUCCGAUUCCGCGUAAAGUCGCCGGGCGGCGUGGGAGUCGUAGUUAGCCCUAGCGUAAUACAGCUGCACCAUCGCGACGUACUCUAAAUUAGAAUAUUCGUAAUGUCGAUCCAUUUUACUAGAAAUAGCAGUGAUGACAUUGACAGGAUCUGUUAUCACAUUAGUUUAAUAAGCGAAGAGGAUGUAAUUAUUCGAUUUACCAAAGUUGACACAACGUAAUGGCAAUCAUCAAACUAAUAAAAAGGUUUUAUUUCAACUGUUAAUCGUGAAGGAACAGUCUAAGUAAAUUUUAAUUAAUUAAAGUAACAUGUGCUUGUUUAUUUGUUUAUCUGUUUACAAUAUCGGGAACUGUCGUCGACUUGCAGUUUUAGUGUGUUACUAUUGUUUUUCGCUUGUUCGAGUUUAGGUUAUUUUUUUGUAAUUUUUUUUUUUUGGAAAACAGUUUAUUUAUAAGUUUGUCUAUCAUAAUUCGAAAGUACUACCGAUAGCAAAUCGCCCUGCCGCGGGAAAACAACCACUAAAAUUUCACGGUGUAUAUGGAGAUUUUUUUGAUUACAAAUGCUAAAAACACGUAUAAUCUUAUCGGUGCAUACAUUUAUAAAUUAUAAGAUUAAUUAAAUAUCAGACUUUAUUUUCGCUCGAGAUUGUAUUUAAGUUUAAAGUAUAAAAUAUUAAAUAACGCAUUUAUUAACAUUUAUAUUAAAUAGUAUUUUUUAAUAAUCUUUCAUAUACUAACUACUUUACGCUUAAACCACAUAUAUAUAAAACAUAAUUCUAAAACAUUUUUCUCUUCGAUGUAUUAUACAUAAUAUAUAUAUUAUAUUAACGAAAUUCAUAUUAAAUUAAUAAUCCCAGCAGGCAGCACAUCCCCAAACAUUGCAGUUAUCUGCCAGUGCAAACGAGACUCUAUUUUUUAUUAAAUAGGGUUCAAUGUCGAUGGCGCCCGAAGGUACCUCAGAACUGACUCGGGUAGCUUGUGAGUAUAUACGCUUAUUGGAUAACACUAGAAGAGGGUAGUGAAAGCUUUGGUAUAUGUAAUCUAUGGGGAAAACGGGAAUGAAAUAUUUUUCUAAUCAGUCAUAUUUUUUAAAUUCAUUUUAACAAUAAUAAAUAAUUAUGCUAUCCGCUCAAUCGCCCAAAUAAAGUUGAACCCAAGCGGCACAGAUGAUUUUCAUUGCUUAGACGGACCCUACACACUGGUAGGCCAUUUGUGGUAGGUACCAAGGUACCAUCAGCGUCAUAUAGUUGGUAGCAGCCUUAGUAUUCAAAUAGUUCGGUAAACGUUACCAUAAAAUUGGUACGGCGCUUGUAACAUACUAUACGACGCUGGCUGUACCCACUACCGUCACUGACCCGGCCCUAUUUUUGUAUAUUAGUCACAUUAGUUUCCUUUCAAUGAGAUUGAAGAAGCCAAUUAUUGGAUAUGGGCUGACAUAUUCAUAUUCAUUUAUUCAUAAAAUUAAUAAUUUAUUCAUAAGUUUAGUUUACUCUAUUUUACAUGAAUUUCAGUUGCAUUUUAGGAAACAAAUCUUUUUACAAUAUUGUGUAUAUCAUAUCAGAAAGUGCAGCCGAGCAACCACAUAAACCUGAUGCAAAUGAACGCUGCUUACUGUUUAAAUUUAACGUUUUUUUAUAACUCUUUUUAAAUACAUAUUUAAUUCCCGUUGACCUGUCUGCGCAAAAUAGAAGUAGAAUGUUGCGAAAUCGUCAGAGUUCUGACGCAGUUCGUAUCGUAGACUCCAGUGCUUGUACCCAGUACACUCGAAACUUAACGAUUGUGCCUAAAAUGUUGAACUAUUCAUACAUUUGUUAGAACCUAGAUACCUAACAUAAUAUUUACUAUAUCAGUUGUGUAGAUUUUUUAUAUGACCGUUUCAUAUAUUAUCUAUGUUAUAGAAACUGAAUGUACGUAUCUAGAUACGAUGUGAAAUUUAUAUAUUUAGCUUUCGUACGAAUUGUAAUAAGUAUUAAUUAUUUAUACAUAUAACGAGUAUUUGUGAUGUGCCAAUGUUUAUGUAAAAGACCUAGGUUAGUAAGUAGUUAGACACGCUGUGUAAGAAUUCCUGUCUUCAAGUAAAUUAGCUUCACAUAGACCAGUUUGUACGCUGCUGAAUUUUGGACAUGUAAAAGAAAAAAUAGGAUAUACCCAAGAAGUUAUUUCAGAAUGACAAAGUUCUAAACAAGAUUAGAUGGGGUAAGAGAAACUAAUAUUUUUUCUCUUGCCCUUACAACAUUUAUUUAGGACUUUAUUAUACUGAUAUUUAAUUUUCUGUUAAUUCCUCUCCAAUAGAACCGUUGUUCAGUUAAUUCACCCGCAAAUUCAGAUCCGUACGUUAUAAAACUUUUAACUUAUAAAAAUUGUAAUACAGAUAUUGAACUACCCUAUAGUACGUACAUCAUGUGUUACUUUGCACAACUAUUAGCAAAGGAAGCAGGUAUUCUUUAGCUCCAUACGAAAUUGAUUAGAAUUUGUAUCGUUUAACAUAUAAAAUUCUAUUGAUUAUUA